AUUUAAAUUUAAACUAAACUAUAGCAUCAUCAUCACCAUCUUCAUCAUAAACUAUAGCAACUAAAUACAUAAACGAGUUCAAUUUUCUCUCUCUUUGAGUGAAUGAAAGAGAAACAGUAUGAAACUCUCAACAUUGUUACAGAACCGCCGGAGCAACAGCAUCAAAGAACAGCCGUUAUUUGAAUCCUCCGGCGACGUCACCGGAAAAUCUCCGUUAAGCUCUUUCUGGCUCUUCCUCCAUGCCGCGUUCUGCCUCAUCAGCCUCGCCUUAGGAUUUCGUCUCUCCCGCAUCUUCUUCCUGCUCCUUUUCUCAACUUUCUCCACCGUUCCGUUCAACUCCGGCGCCGGCGAAGGUGAAAUCUCCGUUCCAAUCCGUGUUCGUUCUUCUCUCACGGUGAAUCCGAUCGAGAACAUUGAGAAUCCAGUGGAAAAAGUAGCUCCGGUCAGCCGUGUGGUAGUCGGCCGGCACGGGAUCCGAAUCCGGCCGUGGCCGCAUCCGAAUCCGAAUGAGGUGAUGAAAGCUCAUAAGAUAAUUGAAAGAGUUCAAACGGAGCAGAAAGCGUUGUUUGGAGUGAAGAACCCUAGGACGGUUAUUGCAGUUACGCCGACGUAUGUGAGGACGUUCCAGAAGCUCCACUUGAUCGGUGUGAUGCAUUCGUUGAUGCUUGUGCCGUAUGAUCUGGUGUGGAUCGUGGUGGAAGCUGGAGGAGUGACGAAUGAGACUGCUUCAAUUGUUGCCAAUUCAGGACUCAGAAGAAUAAUUCACAUUGGGUUUAAUCAACGGAUUCCGAUUUCGUGGGAGGGUAGACAUAAAUUGGAAGCUCGAAUGCGACUUCAUGCUUUAAGAAUUGUGAGAAAAGAGAAGCUGGAUGGUAUUGUGAUGUUUGCGGAUGAUAGCAAUAUGCAUAGUAUGGAGUUAUUUGAUGAAAUUCAGAGUGUGAAAUGGAUAGGAGCAGUUUCGGUUGGAAUACUUGUUCAGUCUGAUACCGAUGAAUCUUCAACCUCACUGAAGGAGGAGGUGCCGCCAAUGCCAGUACAAGGUCCUGCUUGUAACGCGACAAAUCAUUUGGUUGGGUUGCAUACAUAUGAUUCCUUAAAAUAUGCAAGGAGAGGUGCAGUUUACAUAGGUGACAGGGCACCUGUGCUACCUAGGAAGCUUGAAUGGUCUGGGUUUGUGUUGAACUCCAGGUUGGUUUGGAAGGAUCUUGAUGAUAAACCAGACUGGAUUAAGGAUAUUAAUGCGUUCGAUGGAGUUGAUGAAGAUAUCGAUAGUCCACUGUCUCUGCUGAAAGACAUCUCUGUGUUAGAACCACUUGGGAGUUGUGGACGCCAAGUUUUGCUUUGGUGGCUGCGGGUUGAAGCUCGCACAGACAGCAAAUUCCCACCUCGAUGGACAAUUGACACUCCUCUGGACAUCACUGUCCCCUCAAAACAUACUCCAUGGCCAGAUGCUCCACCUGUGAUCCCAAUUAAUGAAAAAGUGGUAAUUGGCUCACAAGAACAGACGACCAAACAUUCUACAAAGACUAAAACAUCCAGACCCAGGCGCAGCCGAAGUAAGAGAAAGCAUGACACCAAAGUGAUAGGUGUGCAAGCCUCUACACUUUCUGAGGAACACUGAGAUGUCAAUAAAUGCAACUUUAGGAAUAUAUACUGUGUUAUGGUUACAAAACUGCCAGUUCUGGCCCUCAUUGACAAGAAUCUGGAUUCUGGAUCGAACAAAUGAAGAGGCUGAUUUUCUUACUGGAUACAUACUUGUAAACUGGGUUUUACCCUACAUCAUGUAGGCUACACGGGCCAGCAAAUGUUCAUUUGAGUCUGAUUCACCAAAUUUUUUUGUACUGAUUGUUUUGCUCAUUUUUGUUUAGGGUGAUAUAUAUUCUGUUCACAUGAAGCAAUGUCAUAUUUGUUUUGCAACAUUUGCUUCAUGGAAGGAAGCUUGUAGAAAUUUUCAUCGGCUGUAAUUGUAAUACAAGUUCUUCUCAAUAGGAGUAUAUAGUUUUUUUUUAGUUA